AUGAAAUCUAAUCUUCAAUUUCACUAUUGCUAUUUUCUUCUUUCUGAAACUAAGAAGAAAGCAAGUUAUAUUGGAUAUUCUGUGAAUCCCUGCAGGAGACUCAGACAACACAACGGGGAAAUAAAAAAAGGAGCUAAGAAAACAAAAAAUGGAGUUCCAUGGAAUCUUGGAAUUUGCGUAGGGGGGUUUCCAGAUAGAGUCUCAGCACUUAGGUUUGAGUGGGCCUGGCAGCAUCCAAAUAUUUGUAAAGCUACAAGAGAAAAUAUAGAAUCCUGGAGAAUUGUAAAAACAAAGAAAACUCCAGAAAAUAAGCGAAUACUAAACAAAAGACAAUGGAGCAUUCAACAGAGAGUUGGUAUUCUACUUUGUAUGACAACUUUAGAACCAUGGAAGAACAUGAACCUGACGGUAUUUGUUUUUAAGGACGAGCUGGAGAAUAUAAUUAAAGAUGUUUUAAAAAGUACCAAGAAGGAUAAGGUUACUGCUAGCUUUAUAAGCCCUAAUAUUUUGAACAAGGACUGUUUGUUAAUGUUUUUGUAUUUUGGAGAAGACUCAUUUUAUGAAACAGGUAUUAAGUUUUUUAGAUGCGACUAUGAUACCUUUAGGGAAAUCCAAAAGCCAUCCUUUGAUUGCGAUUCUGAUUCAGGUAUUGAAGAUAACUCCAAUAUACUUAACCCAGAAGAAAUUUCUUCUGAAAGUUCAUAUUUGAUUAAGUGCUCACUUUGCCAAAAAGACAUUGACUGUGGAAGAAAUUAUUUGGAAUUUCCCUGCUGUAAGGAAAUGAGUGUCCAUAUUUCAUGUAUCCAACUUUGGGGAGAACCAAGCAACUGUUUAGAGGCAGUUUUUGAUGGACUAUUUCCAUUGAAGGAUCUUGUAGCUCCUUUGGUUCCGCAUAGUAUAUCUUGUCCAUGUUGUUUUAAGGUUUUUGACUGGGAGAACGUUAAAAAAAGCUAUAUUAAGGCUACAAGUAUUUCUAAUAAGAGUUACGAGAAAGUGGAAGAUUCUCUCGUACAGAAAAAACUCAGUGAAAAAGAAAACCAUGAUUUUGAAAAAAAUUCCCAAACUGGAAUUUUAAAAGAAGAGGAUUUAGAAAUGAGAAUAGAAAAAUGUGGGAAUAAACUUUCUGGACUGCAUGAAAAUAGACAGAAAGACACACUUUUCUCAGAUGAUGAGUUCUCAGAAAUUUCACAAAAAUGUGAAUUUAUUGAUCUAACUGUUGACUCAGAUUGA